UUUCCAGUCGCCAUUGAAAGGUGAAAACUUCACUAAAUGUCGGUGAUGAUUUUAAGAUUUUGAGUGGUUUCUUUUAGUUUGAACCUGUUUUUAGUGUUGUGAUAUGAAAAUGAAGUGUCCUGGACUACCAUGACGCAUCAAAAUCACCAAACAAACGGUGCUAGUCUCGAGGAUUGCCACACAAACUUCUUCGCCUUGACUGAACUUCACGGAAUAAAAUGGCGUAAGCUAGUAUGGGGCGAGACAAGCGGCGGCGGCGAGACCGAGGAUGGGGCGGCGCCUCUGGCCGAUCCUGUGAUCAGCAGCUAUGCGCGGUGUCUUGCUGGAGACAUACUGUGCGUAUGGCGUCGUGUGCCAGCCCCGCAACCACUCGACUUAGAUAUGAGUACGCCUGCGCCGCCGCCGCUUUCCCUGCGAGCCUCCAAGGAACUGUGGAUUUUCUGGUACGGCGAGGAGCCCGAUCUCACCGGACUCGUCGCUUCCGAACUACUGGAGAGUCAGGGUGACCAGGGUUCCUGGGAAAGUGGACUGUCGUACGAGUGUCGGUCUCUUCUAUUCAAAGCUCUCCAUAAUCUCAUUGAAAGAUGUUUGCUAUCGCGGGACUUUGUGAGGCUCGGAAAGUGGUUUGUGCAACCGUACGAUGGGGACGAAGAAGACGUGGGCAAAAGCCCGUGGCAUUUGUCUUUCUCGUUUGCGUUCUUUCUGCACGGCGAGAGUACUGUGUGCGCGUCAGUUGAUGUUCGACAGCAUCCGCCAGUGCGUACGCUCACCGCUAAAAGGCUUGCACGGUUGCACGCUCCGCACGCUCAUUCGCCAAAGGAUAACAAGGUGAUUCUGGCGCCAUUCGGACUGGAAGGCCGCGUGACUGGCAGGGAGUGGACAGACUCAGAUCCCGCUACUGCCCGUUUGCUCGACGCCUGGAGGCAUCUCUAUCCUUUGGAGCAAGCUACUGCUGCUGUAGAGGUGGAAUGUGGCGGCGUGCGCAUGCGUUACCCGGUGCCGUACGUGCUCGUGACGGAGAUGGAGGCGCAUCCGGGCACUCCCCCACCCGCAGCGGAGCUCGCUGCACGCACGCUUCGUUCGCUCACUACGCCCGUAGCCCAUCAGACUCCCGAGUUGAGCUUUGCCGAGACAUCGGGGGACCCGAGUGACGACUUCGUAGACCCAACACGCAAAACUAAUUGCGCCUGCGCAAAAGUAAAUAACUGCAGUGGUGGUAAUGGUCGCGGGACGUGUUCGCCGGCAAGUUGCGGUGGGGCUUCGCCUGCUGCGCCCGGCUCGGCGCCUUCUCCCCAUCACACCACCUUACCUUCGCAUCAGGGUCCAAACGUACCCACGACGCUGCAUACGCCAGCUCCAACGCCCGACCCACUGGCUCCACCCACUCCCGCUCCGCCUUCACAUCAUAAUCAUAAGCUGUUUACUCAGGGCGACUCACCACCGGCGGGCAGCACGUUAAGUACAACGGGCGGGCAGUCGCCCAGUGCGGCGGGGGCGGGGGCGGGCACUGGGACAGCCCCGGUGCCCUUGCCGCGGCGACCGCUCCUACCCGCUGCUGAAAAGCGGCUAGACCCGCUAGAGGAUGAACACUCGCUGCAUAUGCUCUACGAUUAUACCACCGUUCACGCCUGGCUGGAGCACCCAGUGAAGCGGUUCAAAAGUGACGAGAACAAGUUCCGCGAGGAGUUGGUGCUGGGUACGACCGGCGUUGAUUUGUACGCGGGACAAGAGUACACACGCCCACCGGACUACAUACACAGAGUUGAUAUCAAACAGGAGAAAGUCGAACAGGAGGAUGUAAAGGACUACAAAAACCUAUUUAGAUUGGACGGUCUGUGUCCGACGUACAAAGAUUUGGAACAGAUUUUUGACAACUCCGACGACGCCGCUAGCGGCGAUGAGACGGUAAGACUUUUACAAGUGCAAACGCCACCGGACUCGAAUAAGUCAUCAGAAGUGCGCUGCGUACGUGCAGAAGAGCUAAGUAAGAUGUUCCCGACGCCGCCCAGUAUGGAGGCGCACGCGCAGUCCUCACCCGGUUUUUGUGCUGACGAGACCAUAACUGCCGGAACACUCACACGUCAUGGAAGUCCGCCUAGAGACCCGAUCGAAGAUUGGUCGUAUGUAUUCAAGCCAGCAACCGUAUACAAGUACGUGGGGUCAUCGAAAUACGCCCCCUUGACUACGUUACCCAGUCAGCUGUUACCGCCCGUGGUAUUGCCGCCUCACGCCGUGUAUCGCCCGCGAUGGCAGCACGACUCUAACACGACAGAACAUGAUGCGUCGCAUGCGCAUGCAACGACGGAAGCAGGCGCAACAACUACAAGCAACACCACAACCACCACCGGUGGGGUUAAGCGAGCUCUAUCGACGACGUCAAGUACGGGACGGCCUCGGGCCCUCGCCUCCCCUCGCCGAGCUGCACCCCCACCGCCCUCCCCCGCCUCACCUCGCACCCCUGCACCCGCCUGUCCCUUACUUCUGAACGUACUUCUCGCGGACACGGUGCUCAAUGUCUUCAGAGAUCACAACUUUGACAGUUGCACACUGUGCGUCUGCAACGCUAGUGAACGGAGCGUGGGAAACAUUCGAGGCGCGGAUGCAUCUACUUAUUUGAGUGGCGUGGAAUGGGGAGGCGCAGACGAAGAGCAAACUCGAUGUUCGUGUGGUUUUAGCGCUGUCGUUAAUAGACGACUCGCACACCGCGCUGGACUCUUUUACGAGGACGAAUUGGAGAUAACUGGCGUAGCGGAAGAGCCGCGGCGUCGCGGCGCGGGUGACGCGUUAGGCGAAGUGGCUAGCGUGGUGGUGGCGCUGUGCGCUGCACCAGCUGCCUCCGCCGCCUCUGCGCUGUCUCGCGCCGCGAGGAGGGCUGCCGCGGCCCUUGCCCCGACCCACACCGACACGCGGCUCAACCUGCUCGAAUACUCAGAUGGCGGUGCGGCAGCAAUGUGUGCGCUACGUGCGGCAGCUGGCGGCGCUUUGUCCAUUACGGCCACUAAGAACAAGAAUGGAAUCACGAUGGGGGCGGUGCAUCGAUGGCCCUUCAUUGGUGCGCGUGCGCCGCGAUCUUCAAGGGAUGUUGUAAGAUUAAUGCGCCGCCUCCGACCAUUACUGCAAGACGCGAUACAGAAGCGUUGCGCGGGCGCUCGUAUGUGGGACGGGGUGACUGGGCCGCUCACGUGGCGACAGUUCCACCUUUUAGCUGGCCGAGGCAACGAAGAUCGCUGCGAGCCACAACCGGUCCCUCCGCUGCUUGUAGGCCACGAUCGGGACUGGGUUUCUCUAUCUCCUUACGCGCUUCGGCAUUGGGAGCGGUUGGCCCUAGAACCUUAUUCGUAUAGCCGGGAUAUUGCGUACGUUGUACUCGCUGCAGACGGUGACGCACUCACUGAGCCGGUGCGGACGUUCUUUAGAGAGCUCUCGGCGGCCUAUGAAGCGGCGAAGCUGGGAAGGCAUCAACCGAUAUCCAGGAUAGCGAGGGACGGUAUUGUGAGGACUGCGCCAGCUGAAAUUGAUAGGGAUACAAAUUGCGAGGAAUGGACGGGCGAGUUACCACCGGGGCGUUUGGGAGAAUACGUGCGCGCGUACGCAGAGACCUUGCGGGCGAACCUAGUACCGCAACUAGCCGCUUUAAACGUCGAUAAGACGUUGUUCGAAUCACCAAAUAGCACAGGAGCAAUGCGACCGCCAGCUGCGCCUGACAGACCGGAUACUCCGGGUGGGGCGAGUGGAACAGAGCCUGAAAUAGAUAGCGGAACGGGCGGAUUGGGCACGGCGAGCAGCGCCUGGGAAGAAGAAGAGGGCGGUCCCCCCGCCCUCGUGCUCUAUGUUGUGGAGCCACCUGCAGCACAUGCGCAUCGCACACGAGCGUUGCACGCCCUGUUACGACUUGUUGCGCAGGCGCACCAUCAUCUUCAUCACCACAAUCCCCUUAUCAAGAUCAUAUCCCUGGAGGGUGUAUGCGAGACGUGGUGUGGGGCGGGCGGUGGUGGAGCUGCGAGUGAGCCGGGUCUCGUAGCAGAACUUCGCGCACUCGCCUUUAGCGUGUUCGCGAGCGCACGCCGCAACCUAGCGCACACGCCCACCGGGAAAUCGCUCACGGGCUUCGGCACUGCUGCGGAUGCUAAUCUCUUCGUUUCUAAUAAAGACGAGAAAAAUCGCGCGCCGUACCGUCUCUUUUCACCGGCGUGGGUGCUGGCUCCACCUCGCGCACCAAAAGAAGUGGCAGAGACAUGGGGACAGGCGGGCGAACAUGGCGCCGUACUUUACGUGGCCUACUGCCUCUCCCACGACCAGCGCUGGUUGCUCGCUUCUGCCACUGAUGCACGCGGGGAGCUACUCGACACCGCCGCUAUUAAUAUCUAUGUACCUGCCAGAUCGCGCCGAAAACGCGGUGGUCCUGCACGAAGGCAUGGGCUGACGAAGCUGAUGGAUUUCGCGUUGGGCGUAAUGUCACAGGCCGCUCAACCUUGGAGGCUGGUAGUGGGACGAGUAGGGCGGAUAGGGCAUGGCGAGCUCAAAGGUUGGAGUUGGCUGCUGUCCAGGCCAAAUCUGUCUCGCCUGUCAACCACGCUGCGCGAGAUGUGCGGCAGCUGCUCGCUCCUGUAUCCCACGGGGGCACCCUGCAUCCUUUCUGCCUGUCUUGUGUCUACCGAGCCCGAUCCCUGUCUGCGACUCAUGGCCGACCGCUUCACACCCGACGAGCGCUUUUCGAAGGCUUCCAUUCAAUCCCACCUGCACACGCCACGCGACGUCACCGCCACGCACAUUCUCGUCUUCCCCACGUCGGCCACCACGCAGUCCAACCAAAUGCCCUACGAACAGCCCGCCGCCAACGGCGAGGAAAACGACAUGCUGCUCAUCGGACUAGAGAUGGUCGACGAGGACAUCGGCGAGGAUCAGAUGACUGACCUACUCAUCACCGACAUGUUCCAAUGCUGGCAGGGCGGGGGCUCCCCGCGUCGAGACGAUGAGCCCGGUAGCCGCGAGGGAAGCCCGCCCGGUGGGCCGGCUACCGCAGCCGUCGGAGCUUACGCCCGCGACCACGAGCCGCAACCCGAGCAAGUCGGCACGGUGCUCCAACAGCCGCUGGCGCUGGGCUACCUGGUGUCGACGGCUCCGCUCGGUUCCAUGCCCGCUUGGUGGUGGGCAGGCUGCGCACACCUGCGCGACGCUUGCCCCGCCUUCCUCAAGAACGCGCUGCACCUACAGUGCAGCCUUUUGCCUAACGAUGACUACGCCUUCACUCAGCGCCGCGAUCACAAUGCGCAUCCUCUCGAUUCUACCACCACCACUGAUGUACUCAGAUACGUAUUAGAGGGAUACAACGCCUUGUCGUGGCUAGCACUGGACGGCACCACUCACGACCGGAUGUCCUGUCUACCACUGCACGUGCAGGUCCUUAUGCAGCUUUAUCACACCGCAGCCGCUCUCGGCUGAAGAUAAAAUAGAGACCGCGUGUGCCACCUAACCCACGCAACUCGGGACUUCAAUGACUAUAGCGGACAUUCACUGCCAGUGAUCGACUCUUCAAUGUACAAUUUGUAAGACGCCGAUCUUUAAGAUAUAGGCAAAACUUUACGAACUUAAGAAGUCGUAUUAAACCAGAAUUAGAGAAUGAUGCGAAUAGCAUAUAACAGAUGUCAUUUUAAAAACUGAUCAAUUCUAAGCGAUUUAUAUUAUUGAAAAACUUCAACAACAGUAAACAUUAGCUCUUAAUUCAAUUAUAGCUUUAAAUGCUUGUCUUUUAUGAGCACAAAACAAAUUAAAACAUCCAAGGUUCUUGCAGGCUGGUGUAUUUAAUAGCUAGCUCUGUAUUAUAUUUUAGCGUUAAAACUAAAGAAUUUUGUAAAGAAACAAAUCCAAAAAGCUUAUUCCUCAUUUGUCUUCAAUUAUUUUAUGUAUUGUGCCAAUUUUACUUCUAAAAUAUUACCAAAAUAGAUUUUUUUAUUUCGUGUUAAAUAUGGUGUAAGUAUUGUAUUAUAAAAGAGAUUAAGCUCGGUUUAACCAAAUACAACACAAACGACUAGAGAAUAUAUCUUAAUAUAAGCCAUGUUCUAGAAUGUUCUAGUAAAUAAUCUCGAAGGUCCAAUUUGCUAAUUAACACCUGCGUCGUGUUAGUCGUAAGGGCAUUUUAUACGUGCGAUAAUAAUUACUCUUCCAUUUAUGUCUUUCUGUUAUAUUCUUCCAUAUUGAUUCCGUUCAACAGUUUCCGAAAAGUACCUCAUUUUCAUCAAUUCAACAUUUAUUCCUUUGAAUAUUGUUAGUAAUAUUUCUAAGUAUAUUUGAUUCAUAUAAUAUAUCCAUAGUCGAGUGCUUAAUUUACUAUAAAGUACACUUAGGUCCGUAUCCCAAAACGAGAAUCAAACUUAAAUCUAAUAUUAAGAUCUGUCAUAUCGGAGUUGACACAUUACUCGAGACUAGAUUUUAACUUGAAAUAUGGUUUGAAUUAUGGAAUUUUAGUAUCAUGUCACAAUAGAUAUAGACGUUUUCGUGUUUCCCUCCCGUCUUCUCAUUAGUUUAAUUAUAACUCCACAAACUCUAGAAAUUGUAAAUGUGUUGUUGUAUUGUACUGUAUAUAUUUGCAAUGUUUUAUUUAUCAAACCGGUAUCAAUUACCAAAGUUAGAUAUUUCUUUUAAGAAGUUUUUAGAUAUUUUUAAACAUUUUUAGAGAUUGCAUCACAGGGUUAUUUUUAUCAAUUAAAAUCAAAAUUAUGUUAUAUUCUUUCCAAAUAUGUAAAACAAUAUUUAUUUGGUUAUUUUAUGUUCAAAUGAUGAAAUUCGUAGAUAUAGUGACCGUUUUAGGUCAAAUCAGUUUAUAAAUUGGGAGCAAAUGGCAAUUUUCAAAAGUGUUAUGACAAGAUUUUUACUAGGAAAAUUUUUGCUACAUUAUAUAAUAUAAUAUAACCAACUGCCAAGCGUGAGCGAACUCAGGUGGAUGGAACCUUUUAACCACCGUCAACACUGUUUUCUUAUGUACAUGUACCUCUUGGGUUUUAAGUAAUUAGGAACACCAAUAGUUAGAUUUACAAUAGAUAAUACAUGAGUUAGGGUCACAUUUGAAUUAGCAUUUGUAUAUUUAGAAAUCGUUUUAUAUAAAAUAUUUAAAUGUAAUUAUGAUGAGAAAAUGUUGGUUCGUCGAAUCUCGGGCAGUUUGGUAGUUAUAUGAAAUUUUCUAUUUUAAUAUAUUUAAUGUUAAAGUCAAUAUUGUAGAGGUGUGAAGUUGUUAUACAUGUAUAAGUUGAGAGUGAUGUGGAUAACGCUUUUUAAAAAAUGUUUCGGUCCUUUAGAAUGAAAUCAUUUAUAAUCAUAUAAUUUAUUGAAGACAAAAUAAAAUCAAUUUUUAUUUAAGCAUGACACUUUCUUUAUCUAAUCGAUUACGAAAAGUUUUAAUAGUUUCACUAGCGGCGAUACUGAUAUUAGACAAAUUGUACAGUCUUUGCAUGGGACGACGGCUGUGUGUCGUUUUUACAUAAUUUAUUAUCUGUAGUGUCGUCUCAAUCGCGACUUAAUUGAAUUAUGCCUAGUUGAAUAUGUAUGAAAUGUUUUAAAUGUGUUACAGCAUUUGAGAAUAUUUUAUGAUGUUGUAUAUAGUUUAUAUUUUGUUUUGUAAAAGGACAUUCUGUAAAUAUGCGACGUAACGAUGUACCGUUAAUUAUUUGCCCACUUUGCCAUUGUGUAAUGGAGCACAUUUUAAAGAAACCACUCGGAAUAUUUUGUACAGUUGUUAAGCGAGAUUUGUAGUUGAAUGAAUUAUUUUUAAGAUUUCGUUUUUGACCUUUUUUGUUAUUGUGAAUUGUCAAUUUUUUUAGGGAAUUGGGAUUAUACUGUAAAUAGACCUCACCAUAUUAGGUUUAAGAUCAAAUCCAAUGAUUGAUGUGGAAAUCAAAUUUUCUAAAUGGAGCAAUCAUUAGGAUUCGUAAACAAAAUGUUAGUAUAAUACUUGAUAUUAAUAUAACUUUAUAAAUAACUGA